GGUUACCGUGUACCGAUACACGCUUUUGCAAUCAGAAAGUUCUGAAAGCAUGGAGCUGCGGCAGAAAACAUGUCAAAACUAACAUCCGAAGAACUGUUUAAAAGUAAAACAAAAAUAAAAAUCUCAAAAGGCGGGUGUCCUGGCAAAGGUUCAUCAGGACUAGCUACUGAUGGGAGAUCAGAUGGAUUUAGCAACUGAGGGAGGGAGGAAAGAAGGCUCAAGAGCUACAGAAGAGGUCAGCGAUGGCAGCAUGUUUUCUACUGCGGUCUCAGAGGAACAGUUGGAGGAGGCACGAGAGAAAUCCCGGAGACGGCUUUUUGGGUCCAGCCGCAUCUUUGAAUUAGAAGAGGACAAGAAAGACCGGUUGGAGCUGUGCGGGAGGUCCAUCAUUGAACUCCGUGCUGCAGAGCACUAUGGGAGGGGUGUGGAGGCAGUGUCCAAGGCAGAUUGGGAGAGGGCUGUGCACUUUUUCACCAAAACCAUUAAUUUGCAGCCCCAGCAGACAAGGCUGUACGUGUGCAGAGCUGAAGCCUACCUGCAACUGUGUGACUUCCAGUCCGCUGCCUUGAACUACAGGAAGGCGUCUGCUCUCGAGCCACAAUCUGAGGCCUUCCACCUACGCCUUGCAUUCAUCUUCUACCUGCAGGGUCAGUGCCUAUUUGACCAUGGCAGGCAUCUAGAUGCACUGGAGUCCUUUGCCAAGGCUGCAGAACUGAGACCUGACUACCGCCCGUACCACAUGAGGAGCUUGGCCUGUCUGGCAGCGAUUGGCCGACAUAGUGACUGUCUGCUUUUGGUGAGCAAGCGGAUAGAAACAGAAAUGGAUGACCCUGAGCUGUACAUUCUGCGUGCAAGGCUGCACAAACACUUCAACCAGUUGACCAUUUGUUACCACGAUGUGAAGGCAGCGCUGGCGCUGGCCCCAGACAUACCAGAGGGACGGUCUCUGCUGAUGGAACUGGAAGGCAGUGCAGAGCAAGCACGGAGGCUGGCACUGAGCAGGGCUGUGGCAGGGAACCUCCAGGAAGCCCUGCAAAAGAUCAACACUGCCCUAGAGAACAACCCUGAGGAGGUCCAGUACUACCUCUUCAGAGGGACCCUGUACCGGAGGCUAAAGGACUUCAACACUGCGAUCGAUGACUUCAUCCUGGCUCUGGAUCGGAGUGGGGGUGAGGAGGGGAGAUCCGUGCAGGCUGAGGCCCAGAGGCAGCUGCUGCUGACCUACAAUGAUUUUGCAGUGCACUGCUUCACCCGUGGCUUCUAUGAGGAGGCAGUGAUGCUGCUCAACAAGGCCAUCGGGAUGGAGAAGCGCGAGAAGGGCCUCUACAUUAACAGAGGGGACUGUUUCUUCAAACAGCGAGAGCUGGAGUUUGCCCUGGCUGAUUAUCAGCAAGCCGAGGAGCUGGACCCAUUGGACCGGAGUAUUAAGAUCCGCUUCGCAGUGGUAUACAGUACUAUGGGGCAGAGGGACUACGAGAGUGGAAGUAAAUACAUUGAAGCCUUGGAAAACUUCUCCCGUGCUAUCCAGUACAAUCCCGGUGUGUCUCAAUAUUAUGAGUAUCGGGCCAAGGCUCGCCAGAAGCUUAACGAGGAGCAUGGGGCACGGCAGGACAUCAUAAUGUCGCUGCUACUGGACCCCAGCAAUGACCAGGCUGUGCCUCUGCUUUCUCGGCUCUACCCUGGGUGCACUGUCACAGAUAUUCUAUCCAGUGAGGCUGGGGAGAUGGCCAAAAUGAAGCUGGAUGUCAGCCUCCAAGCCUGUGGCCUGUAUGAAGAUCCCUCAAGUUUUAAAAGGGACCCCCACAAACCACCGCCAAAACAUGAGAAACCAAGUGAAGAGCCUGCUGACGCAGCGGACACCGAGAAUAGCAUCGCACCGUGCAUUGGAGAUACCGACCUAUAUCAUGAAAUUAUGAGGAGUAAAAUUAAGAUAAACCGAGCUGUUAAGUGUGCACUUCAGGAGCGCCGCUCCCUGCGUUCCGAUGGCCCCAGGGUGUCUGCUCUGGCCCGGCCAGCCUCUGCGGAGCCCCCACAGGAUGCAGACAGGCCCUACCGCUGGAAGAAGUUUAACACUGCCGUAGGGCUGCAGUUCAGAUAAUUUAAGACCCAGCACACAGUUCUCUUGAUGUGUUCAGAAUAAAACACCAAAACAUUCAUAAUUCAUAUAUUCAUCUGCUAACCAUGAUAUAAAAUGGAAAAGGUAUCGGGACAGAUAUUUAUAGCAUGCUACUAAUUUACAAGGCUGUCUUAAGCAAUGGAUGCACUGGUCAACAGCCUUUUUGGUUGUGUGAUAACUGUAAAGGAACUACAGUCGUCUGUCUUUUAUAGUAACUGAAGUUUAGAAUCUCUUAACUAGCCUCUAAUGCAUUGCUUCUGAAUCAACCUGUAAAUGGCUCCAUCUCCAACACUUUGAUAAAUAAUUAAUAUCAAAAUAUACAAUACUCACAGGAAGAAUGCAAAUUAAAGAUUAUAUCAACAUUUGUUUCACAGCAUUGUUUCCUUUUGUAAAAACACACAGAUAGAGUCAGAACAGUUUAUUUAACCAUUUUUAUUAUGGAUUCUAGAGCAGACUAUACAGCCAAUGUUUAUGUUCAACUAAAAAAAAAAAUAAUACAAGUUGAUGAGGGCACAAUAAUG